CGAAUAAAGUCCAGCGGGGAAUGAGAUCAUCAACCAGGUCAUUGGAACGGCACAAAGAAACUCCCAUUUCUGUCCAAGGCACCUGCCAAACACAUAGUCUUAUUGGGCACAGAUCGAACCGCACUAUCUCACGAACUUAUCCCAUUCCGAGGCGGGUAUAAGCAAUUCAGCAUGGCCCCGCUAGAUAUCCAAUGCAUUCGGGACCUGGAGGUUGCUGCGACGCGCAAGAUGAGCACAAUGGUUCGGGAUUUUGUCAACGAGGGCGCAGAUGAUUGUCAGACGGUGAGAGACAAUGAAGAAGCUUGGUCCCAUUACCGCAUCCGGCCUCGCAUGAUGCGCAAUGUUGAAGUCAUAGACACCUCUACUCAGUUGCUGGGGUCUUCAGUUCCCUACCCCUUCUCCAUUGGGCCAGCCUCAAUGCAAAAGCUUUGCCAUCCAGACGGAGAAGUGGCAACAUCUAAAGCUGCAGCAGCUCUUGGCUUGCCCCUGGGUGUGUCCACAUUUGCAACAGCAACUCUUGAAGACGUCAUUGCACCACGAGCACCUGGUGUGCCGUACAUGAUGCAGCUAUACGUCUUUCGAGACCACCACAUUACAGAAAAACUGGUAAAGAGAGCCGAACGAGCCGGUUUCAGUGCCCUUGCCGUCACGGUCGAUGCUCCCGUACACGGAAAGAGGAGAAACGAGGUCCGCAACAGGUUUCGCAUCCCGGAUGAUGUGUGGUUUGAGAAUUUUGACCGCGAGGGAUUCAUGCUUCCCAUGGAUGUGGAGAACAAAAAGGCUGCCGAUUCAGCAGCAGGAAACACAACUAAGGGCUCAGCGGAUGCCAACAAAAGUGGAUUUCUCAAUGAUUCCCGCCUCGAGUGGGGAAAAGACAUCGCGUGGCUCCGCUCUAUCACGAAGCUCAAGAUAUUUGUGAAAGGAGUUCUCACCAGCGAAGACACUCAAUUAGCUAUCGAGCAUGGAGUGGAUGGAAUCAUUGUCUCGAACCACGGCGGGAGGCAACUGGACGGAGUCGUCACUACAGCUGAAGUGUUGCCAGAGAUUGUGGCUGCUGCCAAAGGCAGAGUUCCAAUCCAUGUCGAUGGAGGAAUCCGCAAAGGCACCGACAUUUUCAAGGCCCUCGCUCUAGGUGCAGACUUUGUUUGGGUGUCCCGUCCAUCACUUUGGGGGCUUGCGUAUGACGGCCAAAAAGGUGUUGAGCUAUGUAUGCAUAUCUUGAUGGAUGAGUUCAGACGCACCAUGGCCCUCACUGGUUGUGUAAAAGUCUCCGAUAUUACUUCCGACUUUAUUCGUGACGACUUGAGGCGAACUGCAAGAUCUAGGCUUUAGGGCGGCCACUUGGAAUGCUGGGUGGUAGGGUAGUACAUUGGCGGCCUCUACUCUCAUCUUGGAAAAUUCGGUAGAAAGUGUAACCA